ACAGAUAGAUUCAAGCGAGUUGGCAGCUCGAGCGUUUGUUUUUGCGGCAGAAAAGUCGCUCGCUUACGUUUAAUUAAAUUUUCUUAAAUAAAAUGGCCACAAAGCGACCCAAUAAUAGUGUAGUGCUGGCGCAAGAGCCCAAACGCAGCAAAAAUGACAUUGUGGCAUAUACAAAUCGAGACAAAGCGCUACUGGAAUCGGGCGUGCGUCGCACUUCCAAUCUGCAAGCGCCCAUCAUGCAGCUGGAGGGACAUGAAGGCGAAAUAUUUACCACAGAAUUUCAUCCUGAAGGCGAAAUGUUGCUCUCCUCUGGUUUCGAUAGGCAGCUGUAUAUCUGGCAGGUAUAUGGCGAGUGUGAGAAUAUAAUGGCCAUGUCUGGGCAUAGUGGAGCCGUCAUGGAGGCGCACUUUACGCCGGAUGGUUCGCAUAUAUUCACCUGCUCCACAGACAAAACGCUCGCCAUUUGGGACAUUGUGACAGGCCAACGAGUGCGACGUCUGAAAGGCCAUACGAACUUUGUGAAUAGUGUGCAAGGUUCGAGGCGUGGUCAGCAGCUGUUGUGCUCUGGCAGCGACGAUCGCACCAUACGCAUUUGGGAUGCACGCAAAAAGCAGCCAGCGCAUGUCCUCGAAUCGCCCUUUCAAUUGACAGCCGUUUGCUUUGGCGAUACCAGCGAACAGGUUAUUAGUGGUGGCAUAGACAACGAGCUGAAGAUCUGGGACAUACGCAAACAGCAGGUGUUGCAUCAUCUGCGUGGCCAUACGGAUACAAUUACAGCGGUUGCUCUCUCCCCUGAAGGAGAUUUUGUCCUAACAAAUGCGAUGGAUAAUACACUGCGUGUUUGGGACGUGCGCGCCUAUGCGCCUGGCGAGCGUUGCGUCAAGGUUUUCCAGGGCCAUCAGCAUAACUUUGAGAAGAAUCUACUGCGCUGUGCCUGGGCGCCAGGUGGUGACAAAAUUAGCGCUGGAUCAGCGGAUCGACAUGUCUAUGUUUGGGAUGUGAACACGAGAAGAAUACUGUACAAGUUGCCUGGACACAAUGGCAGCGUGAAUGAUGUGGACUUUAGUCCGAAGGAGCCCCUAAUAUUGUCGGCCUCAAGCGAUAAGACGUUGUAUCUAGGCGAGAUUGAGGAUUAGCUUCUGUUGCUGGGAAUUUGAGAAUUAGCUGUUAGAUUUUGUAACUAGGGGAGACUUAGGAGCAGUUGCUAAAGUUUAGAUGAGAACGAAUUUGGGCAAGACAUAGAACUAGAUUGAAACUAAAUGUUUCAUUCUGUAUCUGAGCUGGACUAAGAACAGAUUUAAGAUUAGCAAUUAGAUGCUUUCCUAAGUCAGAGUUGACUGUCUAUAUGGCCUAGUUUAAAGACUAGCUACUAAUGUGUAUAUCUAAUCAAGCUCAAAGAUCAGCUCUUCAUCCUCAUAACUAAGACUUGCUAAUAGACCCUUUUUCUAUAUCUAAACUACAGUUCUUCCAGCUAAUUCUUACAUCUAAACAAGUUUCAAUCUUAAGCCAGCGCCGCGUGUAUCACAAAUAAGUUUUAUUUUUC